UGCUCAACGGACCUGCGUCGAUAAAGCUUUUGAUAUUCACUCCCCGAAUCACGGAUGCAUUAAAUCGAUGUCAUGAGACGAGGUCAGACACGAACUUUAGUGUGUUGAACUAGCGUGCUUAUUGGGCACCGGGCGCUCAUACAUGAAUUGUUCACAGAUCGUCGAGGAAGCUCAGCGAAAUGUUGCUGAAGCUGCCUUUACCCGGACUUAUGGUGAUGGUGGUGGUGAUGAUGUUGGUGGAGGAUGGUGAGAUGGUGUGGCACUUUCGUUACGAUUUUCUGAUGACGGUUAACUAUGCCAUCCCUGAUCCCUACUACAGCGAACUGGUACAGAGCCGUAGCGAAUGUCGUCGUAAGUGCGUGAGUGAAGUGGCGUGCGCGGCGUAUAGCUACGAGCCUCUCGUACAGAAGUCGUCGCUGUGGCGGUGCACCUACAGCAACAUGACGGAGGUCCAGCGCAACCUUGACAACAAGCCUAACGUCAUCACCUACUUCAAGGAGAGGAAGCCCAAAGAAUACCUUCUUACCAACUUGUCGUACCCACGGCCUGACGUGACCACCUUCUGGCAGGCGUGUGGCAAGAUGGCCGCACUGCCUGGACUCAUCCUCUCCUACCAAGACUGGCUGGCUGUGAAGUUGCUCUGGCCUUUGCCGGGGAUCAAAUACAUCUGGAUUCCUUUGGUGCGCGAGGACGGCGGAGUUCGACGUUGGUUGAACUACUCGCACUUCCUGGACGAUGAUGGGCCGUUGCCCCAAGUCACCUACGGAGAAAAGCUUAGUGGUACCGUCAUGACCUGGUCACAGCAGAUACAAGGGGUCGACGAGAACUCUGAGCUCAAGAUUCUCUGCUUCAAGUACAACGCGUCCUCUAACUCCUCGGACUAAAUUUGAAUAAAAAGAGAACUCCUAAGCCCAUUUCACACAGUUUCGGCAAAUGCCGCCAGCGUCAAAAAUAACGCAGCAGUAUUUGCCGCGUAAUCAUUCACACGAGGCGGUUUUUAACGAUUGAAUCUAUCAGUCGUGCGAAGCUGUUUUAUGCACCAUCAGUCCAUCUCUAUGCAUGUGUAACAAUAU